AUGGCUACUCCUCGGUCUACAGUGGAGAGGCUGGACAAGCCCAGCACAUAUUUUAGCAACAAGAACAAACGCCGGAAGUCGUACCAUGAUCGAGAGCGCGAGGAAGAUAAACCCCAGGCGGACUUUGAUGCAACAUUGAAAGAGGCUACCACUUUAUAUGUUGGAAACUUGUCAUUCUACACAACAGAAGAGCAGAUACACGAGCUAUUCGCAAAGUGCGGCGAGAUAAAACGACUAGUAAUGGGCUUGGAUCGAUUCCAAAAGACACCUUGUGGUUUCUGCUUUGUCGAAUAUUACACGCACCAAGACGCUUUGGACUGUAUGAAGUAUAUUGGAGGAACAAAGUUGGACGAGAGAAUCAUUCGAACGGAUUUGGACCCUGGAUUUCAAGAAGGGAGACAGUAUGGGCGCGGUAAAUCCGGAGGACAAGUUCGUGAUGAGUUUCGAGAUGAAUUCGAUCCCGGCCGUGGUGGUUAUGGGCGCGGAAUGGGAGAUGAUCGUUGA